GCGCUGCCACCGCCCCGCGCCUGCGCAGCCACCGCCUGCCUAGAAGCCGACUCACUGGGGUGGGAGGAGCAUAAGCAGGGGGUGGGGUGCGUGCCGGAGUGACGCAGGCGCAGUGUGAGUUCGGAGGCGCGGGCCAACCCCUCCGCGGGUUUGGUUCCGGGUCAGUCAGGCGCCGCGAUCGGGGAAGAGACGAUCUGAACUGACGGGACCGGAUCACCGGAGCGCCCCAGCCGCGAGGAGUAUUAACUGGAACAUCCAUAGCAGUGUAAAAACUUUCACAAUGAAAUCUGAAGCCAAGGAUGGAGAGGAGGAGAGUCUACAAACUGCUUUCAAGAAAUUAAGAGUGGAUGCAUCAGGGUCCAUAGCAUCUCUGUCGGUUGGAGACGGCACAAGUGUCAGAGCAUCAGUCAGAACAGCAACAGAUGAUACCAAACCUAAAACCACAUGUGCAUCUAAAGACAGUUGGCAUGGGUCUACAAGGAAGUCUUCACGAGGAGCAGUGAGAACUCAGCGUCGUCGACGUUCUAAGUCUCCUGUCCUUCAUCCUCCAAAGUUUAUACAUUGCAGUACAAUAGCAUCUUCUUCCAGCAGCCAACUCAAGCACAAAAGCCAGACUGACUCCCCUGAUGGCAGCAGUGGGCUGGGAAUUUCAGCUCCUAAAGAGUUCAGUGCAGGAGAAAGCUCCACUUCUCUUGAUGCUAAUCACACAGGGGCAGUCAUUGAGCCUUUGAGAACUUCGGUUCCAAGGCUCCCAUCAGAGAGUAAGAAAGAAGACUCCUCUGACACUACCCAAGUCUCCCAAGCAAGUCUCAAAGCCAAUGAUCUCUCUGACUUUCGAUCCGUUUCCAAGCUAAACCAGGGCAAGCCAUGUGCAUGCAUAGGCAAGGAAUGCCAGUGUAAGAGAUGGCAUGAUAUGGAAGUGUAUUCCUUUUCAGGCCUGCAGAAUGUCCCUCCCCUGGCUCCAGAACGAAGAUCAACUCUUGAGGACUACUCUCAGUCACUGCACACCAGAACUCUGUCUGGCUCUCCCCGCUCCUGUUCUGAGCAAGCUCGAGUCUAUGUGGAUGAUGUGACCAUUGAGGACCUAUCAGGCUACAUGGAGUAUUACUUGUAUAUUCCCAAGAAAAUGUCCCACAUGGCAGAAAUGAUGUACACCUGAUAGCAAGAAGCUAAUUCAUGUGCUUUAAACCAAUGAAGGGUUAUCAAAGAGAUUUAGUUAACGGUAGACCUUGCGGCCACUUUUAUGUGAGAAGACAUCUUUCUGCUCACUGUGCUUGCAAUAAAAACUUUUCUUGGCAUCUCA